CAACAGGCUGGCACUUGCAUUCUUUACGCUUGCCAGAGACUGUGGUAUGGCAUAUAGAGUUGGGAUAAAGUAGGUGAACAUGGCUCUUCAAGUAACGGUAACAAAUGCUACCAAUCUGCCAAACAUCGAGAAGUUUGGAAAAAUAGAUCCACAGGCAACGAUCGUCUUCCAAGGUUCAAAAAAGAGAACAGAGGUAAUCAAAGAGGAAUUGAACCCGGUGUGGAACCAGAAAUUUGAAUGGGAUUUAGGCGGAAAACCACUGGAAAGCCACGAUGAGAUCGAGGUUUACGUUAAAGACUGGGAAAGAGUCGGAAGAAACAGAUUAUUGGGAACUGCUCGAGUACCGCUGAAAGAUUUAAUGAAAUCCAAGAGUCAUGCAACACACUGUAAUGUCAACUUAGUUGAUGGAAGCAAAAGAGCAACUCAGGCAUAUAUUACACUGCAUUUGAAAUAUGAACCCCCCAAGAAAGCAGGUUCUGGAGACAGUGGUGCUGAUGAAGGUGAGAUAUACUAAUGUGCAGUAU